AUGGCGGACAUCACCGAUCCCACUGCCAGCCUUGAGCAUCCUUCUCCCGGCGAUGAUCUUGCCGGCAAUGGCGUCGACUCCCGAGGCACCAAGCGACCAAGAGCGUCCAUGGCUGGGGAGGAUGACGAUGACGAUGACGAGAAGGGUGGCCGAGAACGCAGAAAGAUUGAGAUCAAGUUCAUCCAGGAUAAAUCGCGUCGCCACAUCACCUUCUCCAAGAGAAAGGCCGGUAUCAUGAAGAAGGCUUACGAACUGUCGGUGCUCACCGGCACUCAAGUUCUCUUGCUGGUCGUGUCAGAGACUGGGCUCGUGUACACGUUCACUACUCCUAAACUGCAACCCCUCGUCACCAAGGCCGAAGGAAAGAAUCUCAUCCAGGCGUGCUUGAACGCUCCUGAACCCUCCGGCAACGAGAAUGGUGUCGACGCCGCUGACGAUGUCGCCUCACCUGACGAUGUCCCAUCCAUGCCUCCUGCUGCUGCGGGCGUACCUCGACCUGCCCCCCAUGCUGGAUAUGGCAUGACUCCCGAACAACAACAGCAAGCCCUGUACUACCAACAACUGCAACAGCAGAACCAGAGCGGCCAGUAUGGCGGCAUGCCACAGAUGCCUCAACAUCAACGCGCAUAG